UAGAUUGGUUGGACUCUGAGUCACCAUGCCAUCUUCAGGGCGUGGCGCAGUAUUAUCAGACGGACAGACUGUGUCAGCUGACGCUCCCCGACAGACGCGGAGGGGCGUUGUCCAGCGCCACGUCCGGAGUGCCGGGAGCAGGGACCCGACACACCGCGAGUACCAUGGCCGUCAUGGCCGGGCUUCGCAGCCUGCUCGUGUUUGUGUCACUGUCUGUCUCUGUCAGCCACGGCUGCAGCCUGUACGGCAUCUGUGACAUCCCCUGCUGCGACGUGACGCCAAGUUGCUCCAACGCAAUACGAGUUGACUGCAGUGACUGUCGUGACAUCGAUGUGAUCACACUCACCGGCGGAUAUGUUCCACCUUCUGUUCAGGAGCUCUUCAUCUCAGCUCGGUACCUAGUGACCAUUCGCAGUCAAGCCCUGUUCAACCUGAGGUCUCUACGCAGAUUGGUCAUCGACCUCAAUUAUGCGGGAACGUUGAACGUCGAUGAAAAUGGAUUAACGUUUCCAAAAAACACCAACAUACGUGAGAUCCAAAUCGAAAACGCAGAUAUCGUUACCCUGGCAACCUCUGCAUUCGGAGGCUUUUUGAGAUAUGACACGGAAAUCGAACUAGAUCAUAUCAAACGUCUUGUUAUGCACCAAAACAGCUUUAAUUUCACAUCCAAUGUCAUUGGACCCAAGAUUUAUAUAGAACGUGUUGAUGAGCUACAGCUGCCACCCCAUUCACUGAACGCACCAAUCCGAGGCCUCGUCCUGUCCGAAGUGAAAAUGAAAACAUGCUUGUACGGAAGUUUGAGUGGAAACAUCUCACAUAUCAAUCUGAUCAAGGUCAAAAUGAACGAGGUCCGUAAAGGAUGCAUUAGAGCGACACGUCUAGAUGAACUUUCCAUUAUUUCGAGUGAAUUGGGGACAGUUCGUUCUAAAGGAAUCUACGGGAAGCUAGACAGUCUGUGCAUAAGGAACACAAACUUCAGCCAUAUCGAGCAGGAGGGGCUUUCACUUUCGGUGACAACACUAAGGAUCAAAAAGAGCAAGCUCGGUGAACUCGACCCUCAAUCCCUGAAGGUGUCUGCCCGUGAAUUAAUAAAUCUCGACGACAUAAACAUUUCAAAACUGCGUAUAAGGGGUUUGAGUGGCUUACUCCUGUCCAAUGCAUGGGGAGGCUCUCAGGAAACCGACAUUCAGCAGACGUUGAGUAUUACCAACAUGGCAGUACAGGACUUUGAUGAAGGAGCUCUAGCAUUUUCGGAGCAGACGACGAUCGCCUUGUACGGGUAUCUGAAGGUCCCCGUCCCUGGGGAGAACUGUCCACGGGAUGAAUGGCUCUACCGGUUGGUUGGAAAGCCACAGGGAUUCACGCUAUCAGACAACGACAAAACGGUGUUCGGUAAGCUGAGGCGUAGCUGGAAUUGUGCCGGAAGCAAAGCUUUGACGACUGCCACGCCAGCUAUACGCUACGAGUCCAAUCAGUCGCGGGAUGAGCCAGGCGACACUGCAAGGGCGCCUCAUCACACGUCCAUACCGUCUCCAGAAACGACCUCCUCGACCGCCCCUUCCGAGGGAACAACUGACGGGACUUUCGAGAAGGACUCCACCAUCACUCCUCCAGGUGACAACGGUCAGCGACCAGAACCUUCGAACGGGCAUGCGAGUCUUGCUUGGCUGGUCUCGAUUCCAGUGCUAAUAGGGAUCGUGCUCGUAGUCUACAUUUCCUACAAAAGGGGGUUGGGUGAACAAUUUGGAUGUAUCAAACGAGAGAAUGACACCUCCCAGAAUUCUCGCACACCACAGCCAAGCAAGGAAGAAACCAAAGGAGAAUCCGAAGGCGAGCAGUUUAUGCAGCCGGGAGGGUCCGAAGCCGAUAGCCAGAAGUCCUAAUCAUGUUACGGCAGUAGGCUGCAGUGCUGCUUCUGGAUGGAUGAAUGAGGAGAUUCAAGGUGGCUUGAAUCACAAUGAUAAUUUUGUGACGGUAGUCUUGUGCUUGAAUCACCUCAUCCGUUAUCAGUAUACCUACAAGUAUACUGAAGUAUGUUGCAGUAAGUUGAAGUAAGUUGAAGCUCUGCUCAUUGUAAUUCAUUUAGACGAGCAGCUCAUGUUAACGCAGUUAUAACACUCCUAAUGAUCAUUAAUCAAGCAUGAAGCAAAGCUGGAAGAGCGUUUGUGAAGGCUUAUCGCAGUUUUGCUCAACGUUUUCAUAUUAAACUGAUUAAUUAAGUCAUGAUUAGAUACGGAGAUCAAUGGGCUGUUUUGUCUUUAUGUUGCUAUAAGAUGCUCUACAUGCAUGCUUAGCUCGCUUGCUAUGCCUAUGGUUCUAAGGGUCACCCGCUGUAGCUGGAAAUAAAUGAAAGAAUGUUA